CACCAGCAGCGCGUGAUGGAACGCAGCAUUUCCACCUCUGUGUUUCUUUGCAGUCCCUGGAGGAUCGUGGAUGACUGCGGAGGUGCCUUCACCAUGGGAGCGAUAGGAGGUGGCAUUUUCCAGGCCAUCAAGGGCUUCAGGAAUUCCCCAGUGGGUGUAAACCACCGGCUGAGGGGAAGUCUGGCCGCUGUUAAAACGAGAGCUCCGCAGCUGGGAGGUAGCUUUGCUGUCUGGGGAGGUCUGUUCUCCAUGAUUGACUGCAGCAUGGUCAGAAUGAGGGGGAAAGAAGAUCCGUGGAAUUCAAUCACGAGCGGAGCCCUCACUGGUGCCAUCUUAGCUGCAAGAAAUGGACCUGUUGCCAUGGUUGGAUCUGCCGCAAUGGGAGGAAUUCUCCUGGCUUUAAUUGAAGGAGCUGGCAUUCUCUUAACAAGAUUUGCCUCUGCACAGUUUCAGAACGGCCCUCAGUUCUCAGAUGACCCCUCCCAGCUGCAGCCCUCUCCGUUUGGCGACUACAGACAAUACCAGUGAUCACCCCCAUUCUGUUAGUUCGUAUUGUAGCUGAGCUGUAAUUUAAAAUGCUGGAGGAUCAGAGCACGGUAUGUCCUUACACCAGUGGUAGUCUCUUACACAAACCAUGCCAAGAGGACUUCAGCACUUGGCAGUGUAAAGCUGCACAGAACUUUUAGAGGAUGACAGAUCUAUUUAUUGGUAACAGAUUCCAUUGCUGUAACGUUAAUACAUGUCUGAUAGAAUACAUGGAGAUUUAAGAUAAGGACCAAACGGAGUCUUGUAAUCCUUUGGCCACGGGCUGAAGUGAAUGGCUGUGAAGUCUUCUCUGGGAUGUGGCAUGAACCAUUCCGCAUCUGGAAUUUACCCUCCUCCCUUUUGGAUUUAUGUUGCUACACAAAUUUCAGCUUAAGGGAAAGUGUUAAUCUACGUGCAGGCUUACAUUCCAGAAGUGACUGUUACUGGAAUGUACAAAGCAGUGAAAGCAGAGGGCUCUGUGUCUGUGUGGUUGGAGGAUGAAGUGCAUUGCACCUGCGUGCGUGCUUUCAGCACAGUCUUGGCUUUUUGCUGUGAGUCCUCUGAAGGUAGCACAGUUCCAUUGGCUCUGUGUUUUUGUUCUUAAACUCCAGUUCUGAAGGCAUGUUCCCUCUUGCCAGCAGUUUAAAAAAAAAAAAAUCAUAUCCAGUGGGGUUUUCUGUUGUAGGUCCUCCCUAAUAGAUGUGUUGUAUCAGGAAGUGCCAGCAGGCAAUAGCAUUCAAAGGCUUGUGUAGGAUUAUCCAGGACAGCUCAGAGCUUUUCUUCUGCCCAGAAAGGAUCUCUGUACUCUGAGGUAACUGUCAGACUCAUUCAGUAGGAGAGCAUGAAAGCAACACAGAAGUGCUCAAAUGGGUGAAUUAAGAUUGUACAACGUGUGCAUGCAAGUGCAAGAUCCUGAACAUAAUAAGGCUCCUACAUCCUGCAGAAGUGACAUUUUCCUCACCUGUUUCCACCACUUUUCCUGUCCCAAAGCCACUCCAGGACUGCUUGCUGCUCUGGUGCCUUGCUGGUCAGUGUUGUUGCUGGUGGUAUGUCAUUUCCAAGAAUCUUUAGCACAGCAGCCUUGUGUUUGUGAAGGCUUGUCUCGCUUUGCCUCUUGCUUGCUUGCUCAGGUGAAUGGUAAAGGAUUGUCUUGAUUUGUUA